AUGUCAACACCAGCUGAGAUGGACAAGGACGUGGAGAAAAGCAUUGACGGAGAUUGGCUGCCACAGGAGAACGUGCACAUCCACCGCCACAACUCUGCCGUCGACGUGCCGCUGGGCCGGUCAAAGUCAGAUGCCGGGCUCGACUUCGGCGCCGGUACCCGGUCCGUGGAUGUGUCCGGGGAUGAGGACGACGACCUGCAACAGGGCGGCAAUCAGGCCGGCGACAUCGAGGCGGGCCCAACCGAGAAGGACGCGUUCGAGGUGUCGUGGGACGGCGGCGACAGCGACCCGGCAAACCCACGGAGCAUGGCCACGGCGCGCAAGUGGCUGAUCGUGACGGUGACGUGUGUAGGGGCGACGUGUGUAACCUGUGCGAGUUCCAUCUACACGUCGACAUACGAGCAGAUGGACGCCGAGUUUGGCAACUCGCGCAUUGUGGCGACGCUAGGACUGUCGACAUUUGUGCUGGGCAUUGCGCUGGGACCGGUCUGGAGCCCACUGAGCGAGUUCUACGGUCGCCGACCGAUCUAUCUGGGCUCGUUUCUGCUGUUCCUCGUGUGGAUCGUGCCGUCGGCAGUGGCUCGGAACAUUGAGACGAUGAUCAUCGCGCGUUUCUUCCAGGGCUUUGCCGGCAGCGCGUUCCUGUCGGUGGCGGGCGGCACGGUGGGCGACCUGUUCCACCGUGAGGCGAUGCAGGGCCCGAUGGCACUCUUCUCGGCAGCACCCUUCAUCGGGCCUGCGAUCGGGCCACUGAUCGGCGGCUUCGUCAACACGUACGCCAGCUGGCGCUGGACGCACUACCUGCUGCUGAUCUGGAGCGGCUGCGCGCUGGUGGCGCUGCUGCUGCUCGUGCCCGAGACAUACCACCCGGUCCUGCUGCGGAACAAGGCUCAACGACUGCGUCACGAAACGGGCGACGAUCGCUGGCGCGCGCCGCUCGAGACGCUCAACGCUCACCGCUCCGUGGCCGCGACGGUUGGCCUCGCGCUGCUGCGGCCCUUCCAGCUGCUCAUUUUCGAGCCCAUGUGCCUGCUGCUCAACCUCUACUCGGCCAUCCUGCUGGGCGUGCUCUACCUCUUCUUCGGCGCCAUUCCACUUGUCUUUGAGCACGCCCACGGCUUCAAUCUCUGGCAGGUCGGCCUCGCCUUCCUCGGCCUCCUCGUCGGCAUGCUCAUCGGCGGCCUUUCUGCUCCCCUCUGGGGCCAUAUCCGCCUCGGCCUCAUCCGUCGUCGCCAGGAAGCCUCCGGCGAGUCUCUGCCGCGCAGCGAACCCGAGGACCGUCUGCCCUCGCUCAUGGUCGGCUCCGUUCUCGUCUCCGUCGGGCUCUUCUGGUUCGGCUGGUCUACGUACCCGCACGUCCACUGGAUCAUGCCGAUCAUCGGCUCAGCCAUUUUUGCUACAGGGACAAUAUUGGCUUUCAGCGGCAUAUUCACCUUUCUUGUCGAAGUUUAUGUGCUAUAUGGGGCCAGUGCGCUGUCAUCGAAUGCCCUUGUGCGAUGUACCUUUGCUGCCGCCUUCCCACUCUUCGGCCUGCAGAUGUACAACAAGCUGGGCUACCAAUGGGCUACAUCGCUCCUGGCCUUCCUCACUGUGGCGAUGCUGCCAUUCCCCUUCCUCUUUUUCAAAUAUGGCAAGCGCCUGAGAAGCAAGAGCCGCUUCGCGGUCGCGAAUUAG